CAUUAUUUAAAAUCAAUUCUUUGACUUAAAAACUCUCAUUCUUUUAAAGUAAAAAUAAGGACCAACCUCUACGCAUUAUUAUAAACAACGAUUAUUUUGAUCUGUGGUGUUGGUAAACUAUUGAUAUUUUUAUUUUAUUAAAACUAAAUGAAUGAUUUUAUAAUGACUUCUAAUUUUCAGGAAAAAUGGGAAUCCUUGACAAAAUUAGUGACAUCGAGAAGGAGAUCAGUAAAACUCAGAAAAACAAGGCAACCGAAUAUCAUCUGGGCACUCUCAAGGCUAAACUUGCCAAGUAUAGAGCCCAGCUCUUAGAACCCACAGGAAAGAAAGGUGAGAAGGGAGAAGGAUUUGAUGUAUUGAAGUCGGGAGAUGCCAGGGUUGCCAUGAUUGGGUUUCCUUCUGUGGGAAAGUCUACAUUAUUAAGCACCCUUACUAAAACAGAGUCUUCAGUUGCAUCUUACGAGUUCACAACACUUACAUGCAUUCCAGGAGUCAUUGAGUAUAAGGGAGCAAAUAUCCAGUUACUUGAUCUUCCCGGGAUAAUUGAGGGUGCAUCACAGGGAAAAGGUCGUGGUCGGCAAGUUAUUGCUGUGGCUAGAACAGCUGAUCUCGUGCUAAUGAUUCUGGAUGCUACAAAAAAAGAUAUUCAUAAGGAUCUUCUUGAGAAAGAGUUGGAGGCGGUCGGUAUUCGUCUUAACCAACGAAGACCUGAUAUAUAUUUUAAACAGAAAAAAGGAGGAGGCAUUGGAUUUACAGCAACCUGCAACCUUACAAAAAUGGAUGAGAAAAUG